UAUUGCGAGAAGAGUUGGUGGAUUGAUAUGGCUAGGUGCAGCACAAUUUGGAAAUAAUUAUAUGUGGACAGACGGAACUCCAUUUUAUUUUACUUUCUGGCAAAAUGGUAUUCAACCUUUGUUUAAUCCUGGAAAGAAAUGCAUUAAAAUGAAUAGUCUGAGUGGAGAGUGGAUUCAAAGGUUGUUAAAAAAAUAA